AUGUCGUGUAGUAAGUGUUACUGUGUGACUGCCACAUUCCUGGUAGUUUUGCGCUUCGGAGCGUUCAUACUACUCGUCAUCUUCAUCGUCAACGAUGUCAGGCCGGCGAUACGCGGACUGUACAUGCGCAGAACAACGUGCACCGUGCUGACGUCACGAAUCUCCAGUGACGUGGUGUCGUGCGAGUGUCCGGGUGAGAUGAGGAGAGGUUGUGGAUCGUCGUUUCCCUGUCUGCAGAUCAACGUGACGUUUGUCGGCAGGUACAGACAGCGGCAUAGCGGGAUUCUGGUGGACAACCAGAAAAACAUGGGAUACAGAGGGGACCAGCUGUGCUCUACAAGACCCUGUAACAAAUACCGUUACCACAACGUUGAACGUGUUGAAGCUUUCCAGCGGUCCACAGGACAGGUCGGCCAGACGUACUCCUGCUUCUACGACCCGAGCGACCAAACAGAGGUGUUCCGCGAACUGUUGGACGCAAACCUGUGGGCUAUAUUCCACUAUCUGUUCUGGCCGUCGUUCGCGAUGGUGUUCUCCUGUGGAUGUGGCUGUUUUCUUUUGGGCAAAGUCAAUUUUGAGGAAAUACAAACGGAUCAUGUGUACUGAUACAUUUUGUAACGAGAAAUUCAGAAUGUAAAGAAUGUAAAGAAGUUCAGAUUUUCUUUACUCCUAGGAAAAGACUAUAGCUAUAGAAAUCGAUCCCUAGUGUAACACAAA